AUGGUUAGUGAGUCCCAAUUGGCCAUCAAGGCCGUUGUACUUCUUAUUCCAUUUAUACUUAUUGUUUUACGAUUAGUUGUAGUAUUACCAAGUGUAAAAUUGAGGAAACUGAUCGGAAAUGAUAACUUUAUAGCUCCGAAUGUUCAUGGUUCUACUAUCAUGAUAAUGCUUGGGUCUGGGGGUCAUACAGGAGAAAUGAUUAGAUUAUUAUCGAAAGUGAAACUUGAGAACUUUAAUAGAAUAUGGGUUUCAUCGUCGGGUGACCUGUCAUCAUUAAUCAAAGCUAAAGAGUAUGAAGAGAACUUGAAGACCAAUCAAUUAUCGAGCAUUUACUUGACAUUAUACAGAGCAAGAAAAGUUGGUGAAUCGAUCCCACUGUCCAUAAUAAGUACCAUUAAAUCAUUUAUUUCUACAUUCAAUAGUUUAAUUCAAUUAAAGGAAUUACCAUCUUUAGUCUUAUUAAAUGGUCCAGGAACUUGUGUGCCUCUUGCUUAUAUACUUUUCAUACUAAAAUUCUUUGGUUUAGCCAAAACAAAAAUUGUAUAUAUAGAGAGUCUUGCAAGAGUUAAUAAAUUAAGUCUAUCCGGUAAAUUAUUACUUCCAAUUUCCGAUAGGUUUAUAGUUCAAUGGGAGAAAUUAGCUCUUAAGUAUGAGCGUGCUGAAUUUUAUGGUAUCUUAGUUUAA